AUGACCUCCCCACAACCACCACCUUUUACUUACUCCCCUCAUCUCCAUGAGUACUCCCUUCCCCUGUCAACAUUUUCCGCCCUGAAACCCCAAUACACAGACUUCGUAGUCGGAGGUCUAGUCUUCUCCCCCACCUACAAGACAUCCACAGCCUUAACCCCAGAUCCUAGCUCCAACUCCUACUCCAACUCUGCUCGCGUCCUGCUCCUACAGCGCUCCAUGUCUGACUCCUAUGGCGGAUACUGGGAGGGUCCUGGCGGACUGUGUGAGCGCACCGAUGCAUCGAUCCUCGAGGGUGCAGCGCGAGAAGUGAGGGAGGAAACCGGGCUGCAUGUAUCUCACUUUGUGGAGCUCGUAUCGGUCGAUCAAUGGGUGAGAUCGAAACCGGAUCGGGUCUAUCAUGUGGCGAAGUUUACCUUCUUGUUGGAUGUUUGGGAGGCCUCUGGUUCUUGUUCCGAUGAUGGUGGGGAGGGGGGUGGCAUGGAAGACUCGCGAUGGGAGGAUAAGGUGAAAGUAGAGCCUACAGAACAUGAAGCGUUUGAGUGGGCGACGGAGGAGGAGGUUCGUGAAGGAGUGGGAAAAGGGACAGGGAGAUAUAAGUUUGUAGGAGACCAGGGGAGGAAUCUACUGGCAGCGUUUCAGUUGCUGGCGAGAUGA